AGCGUUUUCUCUGCUAAACGUAGCCAUAAUUUUCUGUGAUGCAACUGCGAUAAAAAUGCUAAACAAACAUGAUAGAAAAUUUAUGAAAGCUUUCGCGUAAUUUCUGUAUGUAAAAGUAUUUAAAUUGUCGAACAAAUCAAUUUAAAAACAAGCGUGAAUUUAUUACUGCCUGAAUUAAUUUAUGCACAAUACACAAUUGUUCGAUGAGAAUUAACCUGCAGCUAUGUAACUGUGUAAUUUAAUAUAACGUCAAUUAUAGAGCGCGAGAAAAUGUACACCAAUGUGCAAGCAAACGAACUUUUUCGCCAUCACGAAAACUUUGGAAGAAUUUAACGAUUUCGUAAUCGAUGCUCUCACCUUAUAUAUCUAUUUGAGUGUAACAAAUUUUGCACUCUAUAUCGAUAUUUUCUCGUUUAUGCGAAAGUGAAAUAAUGGCUGUGUCAAUAAAUGAAAUUUGCGAGAAUACGAAACUAGCACGUGAAAUGGCAUUGAUGGGAAAUUACGACACGUCUAGCGUUUAUUAUCAGGGGGUUGUGCAACAAAUACAUAGAUUACUCGCGACCAUAGCAGAUGCGACUCGUAAGGCAAAAUGGCAAGUUGUACAACAUCAAAUUGUCGAAGAGUUCGAAAAAGUAAAGGCUACAUCCAAUACAUUGCAACUUUUCAAAGUGGACACACAUGGAGAAAGACUGCUUGGAACAUCUUGUUUAUCAUUUGAAGAACCAACACGAGAUCCUGCUUUGUGGUCUUAUAAUUCGGAACCCUCUUGGAAUCAAACACCAGCCAGAGAUCCUGAUGUAUGGCCACCUUUAACCCCAGCAGAACAAAAAAACUCAAAGCAGCAAAAGGUUCAACAGAAACAGCAAAAUCGAACAAAUACUAGAAAAUCUCUUGUUACAACUAAAAAACCAGAUAAUAAGGCUACCACCAAAAAGGAUGACAAGAAAAUUAUAAAGAAAGAUGAUACCAAUAAGGACAAGUCAGAGACAGAAAAAGAUGAUGUCGAAUUAGAAGAACGCAAAUUUGAACCAUCUACUACUGAUAAAGAUCUUGUAGAAAUAUUAGAAAGAGAUAUUGUUCAAAAAAAUCCAAAUAUUCAUUGGGACGAUAUAGCAGAUUUACAUGAAGCAAAAAGAUUGCUGGAGGAAGCAGUUGUGCUUCCAAUGUGGAUGCCUGAUUUCUUCAAAGGAAUUAGGCGACCCUGGAAAGGAGUACUCAUGGUUGGGCCACCAGGCACAGGCAAAACUAUGCUUGCAAAGGCUGUUGCAACAGAAUGUGGCACAACAUUUUUCAAUGUCUCGUCCUCUACAUUGACAUCAAAGUAUAGAGGUGAAUCAGAGAAACUCGUUCGACUAUUGUUUGAAAUGGCUAGAUUUUAUGCACCCAGUACAAUCUUCAUUGAUGAAAUUGAUUCUCUGUGCUCUAGAAGAGGAUCUGAAUCAGAACAUGAAGCUUCACGUCGUGUGAAAUCUGAGCUUCUUGUUCAAAUGGAUGGAAUAAGUUCCAAUAGUGAAGAUCCAAGCAAAGUGGUGAUGGUAUUAGCAGCAACAAAUUUUCCAUGGGAUAUCGACGAAGCUCUGAGAAGACGCUUAGAAAAACGUAUUUACAUUCCGCUACCUAAUCAUGAAGGUAGAGAAGCAUUGUUAAGGAUAAACCUUCGUGAAGUCAAGGUGGAUUCAUCUGUAAACCUAGCAGAUAUUGCAAAGAAACUCGAAGGUUAUUCUGGUGCAGAUAUCACGAAUGUUUGUAGAGAUGCUUCGAUGAUGCUGAUGCGAAAGAAAAUUGCGGGUUUAAGACCUGAUCAGAUCAGGCAAUUGCCAAAGGAAGAAUUGGACUUGCCUGUAUCUGCCGCAGAUUUUGAUGAAGCUGUUGAGAGAUGUAAUAAAAGUGUUUCCCAGGAGGACUUGGAAAAAUAUGAGAAAUGGAUGAGCGAAUUUGGUUCCUCUUGAUAUCAUUCUGUUAAGAAAUAAUAGCAUAAUUCAUUGACACAAGAUUGUUGCUUGUAUGUGUAUGUUGACAUCAUUAAUAUUAUAAUAUUCUCUUUAACACAUAUGAAAUGAAGAGCUUCUUAAUCUUUAAUCCUAAAUCUUAAAAAACUUUAUCAUAUUCUUUAAAUACUUAAGACUUUAAGAAAAUCAAAUUGGGAAAUAAGAUUGCAUGGUAGAAAUAAUAAUAACUUGUGUAAUAUUUUUAAUCUUAACCAUAACACUAUAACUAACAAUAAGACUUAAUUUGCAAUAACAAAUCAGUUGUAAGUAAUGAGGCUUUUACUCAAUAUAUUUUUAUUGUGUGUCUGUGUGCAUAUAUGUAUGUGUAUGUGUGUGAUUAAAUUUAAAAGUAUAAAUAUAUGCAUAAUAAUAUGCUUUUAAGAAACAA